UGUAAACAAAGAACAGAAUAUCUUGAUUGUGGUUAUUCAACAGCCAUAGUCCUCGCCUAAACGUAAAAGAGGGCACGCAAGUCGACCUCACGAUUUAAAUCAACCCGAAAUCGUGAAGCGGUCCCCACCACAAUCCAAUGGCCCCAGCCUUCCCCGCACGCGACUCCAUACUCCUCCUCCCCCCUCCCCCUCAACCACCAAGUUUCCAGUCUCUCCGCGCCACCUACGAGACGUCCCUCAAAUCAGUCCUCCGCUCUGUCAACUCCCCAUCCCGCACCUCCACUCUCGACAUCGCGCUACCCCUCCCCUUCCUCUACGGCGCGUCGCGGACGCCACGCUCGGUGCUGUAUCGGCAGACGCAGGAUGCGGUGGCGGGGCUCUACAAGCUGAUCGUGGUGGCUGCGGCACAGGAAGGGGUGGAUAUCAAUCCGGAUGUGGAUGGCGAUGGGGAGGGGCAGGGGGGAGUGGAUGUGCGGAUAUUGCUGGUUGCGGAGCCGAGACGAACGGGGCCGAGGGAUCAGGGUGGGUGGUUUGGGGAGGUUGGGGUAGUGGUGGAGUUGGAGACUCUGGCGCGCAGUGGAAGGCGGUGGGAAGUGGUUUGGGGAGUUGAUGGCGAGGAUGGAGAGACGAUAUUGCGCCGGUUUGUUGAGAAGAGGAGGGAGCUCUCCAGAUUUGCCGUGAGAAGAGUUGGGGGGGGGAUAGUACAAGUUGCAUCCACGGGUGAAGCGGAGGCUCCAAGAGUUGGGUUGGGCGAACGACGGAAGCACUAUGCGUCCGUUGUUGGGGGAACAUUCGAUCAUAUUCAUAUCGGACACAAGCUUCUACUGACCAUGACCGCGUUCAUGGUCGACGAGCUCGAUACCGAUCAACAGACCGAGAGGAGCGUUACGAUCGGCAUCACUAAUGAUGCGCUGCUGGCGAACAAGAAGUACGCAGAGCUAUUACAGAGCUGGGAUGCCCGACGGGUCGCGGUGGAACGGUUCCUCAUCGGCAUCAUGGACUAUCGGCCGACAUCACCAGCAUCGCUCUUAUCGGAGUCGCCCAGCGAUUUACACGUCCAACAUAUCAAUCAACCCGGACCGAACGGCCACGCAUGGAACGUCACUCUCGUCGCCCCAACCCACGCAGCCCAACCCGCUGGAGACAUCACCUUGAAACUCGUGGAGAUCGGCGAUCCUUUCGGUCCCACAAUCACCGAGCCGGGCGUGAGCGUGCUGGUGAUCUCUGCCGAGACGCGGUCGGGAGGUGCGGCCGUCAACCAGAAACGACGGGAGAAGGGGUGGGCGGACAUGGAGGUGCUCGAGGUGGAUGUGUUGGACUCGGGGGAGGUUGAAGAUGAUGGGCGACAUAAGGAUGCGAGCGGGAGAGAUAUGCGGGCGAGCUUUGAGGGGAAGCUGAGUAGCACCGAGAUACGAAAGGAGAGGGCGACGAGGGGGAGGAGCAAGGUAUAGCCUACAGUAGCUGGGAUGGGAACGCACACAAUUGAUCGGUCAUUCCACUAGAUACGAUGCUGAGUUGCCGAAAUAGGUGGUGGCAUGGUGUAUCUUUCCCAACAGAGCGAGCAAGAGGAGCAAUGCGGUAUGUCAUCUGGCUGGGAUGGACUGUUGAAUGGGGGCGGCCGAGGCAUUCGAGAGUUCUCGUUUCACUGUGGAGUCGGGACAUAAGCGUACACGAAGUUGCAUGGUGGUACUUUGGUUGAGUACCUACAUCCUUAGCCUCGCAGGAGGAUGUUCUGGAUGGAACUGAAGGAUGUGCCGACGCUCAACAGCUGGGAAUCAAAGCAUCGGGGAAGCAUGGGAAUGCAGGAAAUGCAGUCUAAGGCAACAAUUACCACUUCCUCGGGCGACAAGGCCGCAAUAAGCGAGUUCGGCCGACCAGACCAGACCAUUCCUUAUAGAGGGGACUUGAUACAGCACCUAAAUGACCUAUUAUUUAAUAAUACAGCACCGA